AUGACGCAAGUACCCGUCAUAUCAAGUGCAUCAAGCGAACCAUCCAGUCCGGUGCCGGGCGAGACGCCGAACGCGUACCCGACACAGAGCCCCGUGCCGGGCGAGACGCCGAACGCGUAUCCGACACAGAGCCCCGUGCCGGGUGAGGCGCCGAACGCGUACCCGACGUCAAGUCCGAACGCGUAUCCGACACAGAGCCCCGUGCCGGGCGAGGCGCCGAACGCAUAUCCGACACAGAGCCCCGUGCCGGGCGAGGCGCCGAACGCGUACCCGACGCCCAGUCCGAACGCGUAUCCGACACAGAGCCCCGUGCCGGGCGAGGCGCCGAACGCGUAUCCGACACAGAGCCCCGUGCCGGGCGAGGCGCCGAACGCGUACCCGACGCCCAGUCCGAACGCGUAUCCGACACAGAGCCCCGUGCCGGGCGAGGCGCCGAACGCAUAUCCGACACAGAGCCCCGUGCCGGGCGAGACGCCGAACGCGUACCCGACGUCAAGUCCGAACGCGUAUCCGACACAGAGCCCCGUGCCGGGCGAGGCGCCGAACGCAUAUCCGACACAGAGCCCCGUGCCGGGCGAGGCGCCGAACGCGUACCCGACGCCCAGUCCGAACGCGUAUCCGACACAGAGCCCCGUGCCGGGCGAGGCGCCGAACGCAUAUCCGACACAGAGCCCCGUGCCGGGCGAGACGCCGAACGCGUACCCGACGUCAAGUCCGAACGCGUAUCCGACACAGAGCCCCGUGCCGGGCGAGGCGCCGAACGCGUACCCGACGCCCAGUCCGAACGCGUAUCCGACACAGAGCCCCGUGCCGGGCGAGGCGCCGAACGCGUAUCCGACACAGAGCCCCGUGCCGGGCGAGGCGCCGAACGCGUACCCGACGCCCAGUCCGAACGCGUAUCCGACACAGAGCCCCGCGCCGAACGCGUACCCGACGCCCAGUCCGAACGCGUAUCCGACACAGAGCCCCGUGCCGGGCGAGGCGCCGAAUGCGUACCCGACGCCCAGUCCGAACGCGUACCCGACGCCCAGUCCGAGUGCGUACCCGACGCCCAGUCCAGAA